AUGGUCAUCCAGGACUGCAUGGCCCAGGGACAACAGCUGACAUCCUGCUCUACGCCUGCUCCUGUUUGGAUGGAUUUUCCUUUUGCCUCUUACUGGUGUCAACAUGAUUUUGAUUUAGCUGAUGCUCUUGAUCACCCAGAGGACAUAAUUACGAGGAAGCCUACAGUGAUCAGAAGACCGACAAGGCCUGUGCUGAACAAUGAUCUGCAUUUAGGAGAUGCUCUUGGUGGGGGUGACAUCCCAAGAAAACCUUUAUACCCACCUCUUCCACCACGACCAGGAAGCCAUAUUAAUUCUGGAGGUUUUGAUGACUCAGAUCUCCUUGAUGGGAAGCCUUUACCACCGCACAUAACAGGAGAAGAUGAGUACCAUUUCAAUCAUGGAGGAAACACGGAUUCAGGAUUAAUAGCUGGAGUUACGUCUCCUAUAAUUUCUGCUUUUGUAAUAUUAGUUGUUGGAUCGAUAGCGGCCUACUCUGCUUAUAAGAACAAGAAACUUUGUUUCAAACCACAUGGUGGGGCUACAGUGUAAACCGCUGAAUGAAGAAUUGCCCUCUGAUCACAGGCUCCUUUGGUUGGUGACAUUAGGCCCAUAAAUCCAACACUUUUUUUCUACUUUAUCAUUCUGACAGAAGAAAAUCUUCCUGUAAUGAACGUUUUGUUGAGACAUUGCAAUCCUACUUUCUUUUACCUGACAUCGCUCUUGCAUCUUGAGAUUUACGUUAUAAAGAUGUGUUUAAAACAUCCGAGGAUGGUACUGAACUACCCGACCUGCAUUCAUAAAGGUUGGAUAUACAUUUUGUUUCAGAAGUUAUUUUAAAUAACAAAGAAAUCGUGUUUAAUACAAGCCAAAAAUUGAAAGAUUUUAGUUUGUGAGCAUCUGAGUCACCGAACAAUUUUUUUUCCUGUUUUCAAAAUCGGCCAAAAUACUUAGUCCUUCUGAUAGAAUAGGAAUAAGGAAACUGCUGUUUCCGUUCAUGCAUGUUGGGCAUCUUUAGUGUAUUUCUGUAUUGUCUAUAAUGUUUAAGGCAAAGUUGGAAGUUGUAUAAAAGAUUACAAAUUUUAAUGCCUUUACUUGGUAUUUAUGUCUGAAUUCUAGCAAAGUGAAAGGAGCUAUAGAUGGAAAAUUCAUUCUUAAUUUGAAAGUAUACCACGAAAAGAAUAUGUACAUUGAUGUACCACUGGUUAAAAAAAAUAAAAAUAAGAGAAACACA